CCGACGGCAACAAUGGACGAGUCCCAAGCCGCCGCCGACGACUUUGAGCGCUUGCGGACGAGCGCCCUAGCAAAACUUGAUGACAUGCGGGACCAAUUGCUGCAAUAUCAUAAGGAAGUCAUGGCGAAAGUGGUCGAAUCCGAGACGGCAGGCGUCGCCCCAUCAGCCGGGGACUCGGCAAGCGCUCACAUUGAGGACGACGCGAUGCAGUGGCAAAAGGACAAACAAGAACUACAAGAACGUCUUCAGGAAUCACUCAGAAGAAACGAACAACUUGCGAUGGAAAUGGCGCAAUGUCGUCUCGAGUAGAUCGAGUCCGGUGUUGAAAUCGUUUACAAACCAUUGUAGGGACGCACAGCUCAAGAGAUCGCUCGAUCAGUUGAAACACCGCCAAGUCAUAACCGAAACCCAAUUGCAGCACCAGCAAGCUGCUCAAGAUGCCCAACGAAAGCAACUUCAGUUAAAGGACCAGCUGCUCACCAACUAUCGGACGUCGAUUCGCAACCUCGAAAACAAGCUGAUUUCUCAAUCCAAGCGUUAGCGCUGAACCAAAGUUGCCUUCGAUACAUCGUGCUCCAUGUCACAAGGCCGUUUGCCGUUUUGCAAUACCAUAUCAUCAUUAUUCCAUAUCGGAACUAUGGUUUUCAUUGUCACCGUCGUCGUUUCUGCGAUAAAAGCACAUCGUUGUGCCCCCUUUAACCCCCAGAAAUAGGAGGAAUCAACGCCACUUCGUCGCCGUGAGCAAGGUCUCUCACGUCGCCCUCAAGGACAUACUCCAAAUUCACCGCAAGUGUGAUGUCCUUCAAGAAUUGCGCUGCGCGAGGGUAUUUGGCACACAACGCUUGUCGAAGCGUAUCCGUCGUCACAUGUGCAUCUUCAUUGAUGGUUUUGCUCAAUUCCAACAUCUCUUCCCGACGUCCAACCAUCUCCCGCGCCGCCGCAAAGUACAGGACCUUGACCUGCACAAUCGCCAUGGUCUUGUUGAUGCAAG